AGCCGCUUGGAGCUCCUCUUACUUUGAAGUUCACAAGUUGUUCAAGUUUUUCCCCGAAUAACACUUCAGUGGCACUUUCUUGAUGAGAUUUAUGCGCUCCGUUGUGUUACACACUGACUUGGAACUGAGCUGUGAUCAUAUUGGCACUUGGUGACGCGCAAUGGCUCCUUUCGGAAGAAACCUUUUAAAAGCGCGUUUGAAGAACAGGUCUAAGGUUGCAGAAGAAACCCUAGGGAAAGAAAUCCAGGUGCUGGUAUGUCAGGAAGAAAAAGUAGUCUGUGGUGUUACCAAGCACACAACCUGCGCUGAUGUGGUUAAGGCUUUAUUGGAAGACCACAAAACUAUACCAGAGAUUAAGAGGCUUUUACAUGGAGAACCUAAAGACUUCUGCAUCCUGGAGAGGUGGAAGGGAUUUGAGAGGGCUUUGCCUCCUCUCACUCGAAUUCUCCGGCUUUGGAACGCUUGGGGUGAUGAGAGACCUUUCAUACAGUUUGUCCUGGUAAAGACCAGUGAAUUUGUGCCGUCAUCCAAGGGAACUAAGAGGAUAUCGAAGUCUCGGGGAACAAGAUCUAAGAGACGGGACCAGGGACCUGCACAGUAUGCCAAGACUGUGUCUGCAGAGAAGCAAAAGCGCAUGGUGAAGAAGGUCUUUCGCAAACUGGAGAAGAUCCAGAAAGGAGAGAUAUCAGAAGGCUCUGAAGAGAUCAACAAGUUGGUGCAGUUGAUCAUCUCCCAGGACCAGACCAUUUGGCAACAGAUUCACGGGAUGCAUAACCUAGACCUGGAGAUUGAAAGUGUGGCGCAACAGCUGAGGAACAGCCCCACACCUCACUCCAGUCUCACUGAGAGUGCAGACGGUGAGUCAAUGACACUGUCCAUGUCCCAAUUUGACGACCACCUGCAGGAGUACCUCUACACCAGUGAUGGAAUAGAGCAACUAGAACUACAUGUGUGCAGACACCGAGAACUCAUUAACCAGCUUUCCCAAGACAUUGAAUUGGAGCUGAAGCACAGUCCUUGGAUCUCUGAUUCAGAUGAUAUGAAAGGAGCAGCAGCUGCUAGUCCUGAACUGAAGCUGGAAUUGGGCCUUUCCUUGACCUCCUCAGAUCUUUUGGAGCUGGAAAGCUUACGCAAUGAACUUGAGUCUAGCAUGCAAGCAGGGCUCUGGCUCCAUGCCCAAACCAAUGAAAUCGAGAAGGAACUACAGCGGAACAAAACAGCCCUGCAAUCCCGGGACCAAGAAUACCAGCAUCUUGUUGCUCAACUCAGUGCACUGGAGCUGGGGGCCUGUCCAGACCAAUCUAGCCCUGCAUCUUUGAAGAGCCAGAUCAGGGCUACUGUCUCUCAACAAAUAGUCACCAAGGUGAGACAGACAUGCCCCCCUAAUGCAACAGACACAGAUUCAGACACUGGGAUAAGCUCUACUCACAGUCAGGACUCACUGUCCCCCUGUGUGGACAGGUCACCUCCUCUGGACUCUGAUGUUUAAAAAAGCUGAAAAAAUAUGCUUUAAUCCAUACUGCAUUUAAUUACUCCAACAAAAAAGCACUAACAACCAUUUAUUGUGCUGUUACAGUUACAAAUAUAUUACAUAGGCACUUUGGAAGCAUAGAUGAAAUUAACUGUUCAAGUGAAUUAAUUUAUUCAUGCUAGCGCCAUCUUUGAUUUUUAAUGGGAAUGAAAAAGAGGUUGUAAGGGAUAGACUUAGUCUCUUCUACAGGCUGUACUGCAGUGUAAAGUGUUUUUGGAUCAUUCCACUGAAAAAUAUUGAUAAAAUAUCUGUUCAAGAAAUUCAGUGUACAAAGAACUCCAGACAACAUGAGUUGUGGAAAAUCAGAUGUGAUCUAGGAGCUUAAUACAGUCUAUUCCUCACAGCCUCACUGUCAAUCCUAUUAAAAUUCAAGGAUGGCGCUAGCGUGAAUAAGGUCUAGUGUCUUGUUUUUUCCUCUUUAUUAGAUUUCAUGUGCACUUCAAGCCCAAAUGGAGUGUGAAAAUUUCCACCAAAACAACAACAUAUAAACAAACCUGCAUAUCAAUUUUUUUGGGAAAAGUGGCCUUCUAGUUUUGUUUAAAUUUAAAUUUUCUCUGCUGAUAUUUAUUAAGCCCAAAUGUUCCACAAUUUGAAAUCAACAUAGUCUCAUGACAGCUUGAAAUCAUUUGUAUGAUAUGGCGAAAUCUUAAGAUAUCAUACAACUAGGCAACUACAAAAAGAUACGACACUAACAAAUCAACAAACAGAAUUUUAAAUCUAAACAAUACAGACAUCAUGUGUUUGGCAAGGCUCCAAUCUGACAUUUUAAGAAAGGGAAUGUCAGUGAUCAAAUUGUUUUAGUCAUUUCAUAUUUAUUUAUUCAAUAGAAAUUACUGAUAUAUGUCAAUAACCUGUAACAUGCUUCCCUUUUCUCAUUUCAAACACCAAAGUUUUCUUCCAUGGUACUUAAAAGUUAUUUUCCCAUUAAAAUAUUGGUUGGAUUUUUGCUUUAUUGUUAGGUUUGGGUUAAACUUUGAAAAAACAACAUAAUUUGUUGGUUUGUUAAUUUUUUUCUAUUGCAAUAAAAGUUGUACGUUUCUUUACGAGCCAACUCGUAAGAUUUCGCCAUCUCAUAAUUGUUAUGCACCUUGUCAUAAGACUGUGUGGUUUGAAAUACUUGCGUUCACAUAUUGUAAAUACAAAUUUCAGUUACGUAUAUUUGCUAAUAAGAAAUGUUACAAGUCAAGACAUUUUUGAAGAAAAUAAAUGUAUGAAUCUUAUCUUUGUAAAUAAGUCAAUAACAAUAUAAAGAGAACAUAAAAUUGUUUUAUAUUAAAACAUAAUACGGACUCGUAUAUAUAAGCUUUACUUUUGAAUCUGCUUUUUAGAACGACUUUCAAAAUGUACAGUAAAAAUGAACAUAACUGCUCAGAUUGCAAACUAUAAAGAUAAGUUAUCCCAUAUAAAUGCAUAAUUUAUUGUUAUAUCUUAAAAUGUUUUAUUUUUAACUAAAAUAUACUAUAUUUAAAAUGUACUUUCAACAAUAUUACUUUGUAUUUUCAUCCACACAGAGAGGUUUUUUAGCCUAGCAAAUGUGAUGUGAUGGCAUUUCCUCCAAUGUAAUUGCAAAUGAAUCCUUUCUAGUGUGGUACAUUGUAACUUGUACACAAGUUGUGGUCUCACAUUCCCCUCACAGCUAAAGUGGGUUGAAAUAGCAGUUAGAGAAAGAAUCUAUUUUGACGCUGGUACAAACACAAGUGAGGAAUAUUUGAAUUCUAAAGUGAAAAUCUUUGUACAUAGCAUUCAUAAGUACCAGUAAAGAGGCAUCUGUGCCCUUUUGCUUCAAGUAAUUGCCUCAUUCCUCCUUUCUUUAUAACUGCGAACAGACUAAGAAGCCCCAUUAGAGUGUGGUCUCACUGCUACAUUGAAUUAAUGCAAUGUCAUUAAAGCCAAGUUCCUGAAUGGUGAUAACACGUUACACCGUUGUCACGCAGCAUGACUCAUAACAAAUGGGAUUUUGAAAAAAGUACCUUGUAAAAAAAAAAAUUGCAUUAUGCAGCAGGCCUUGUUUAAUAGAGUGUUAAUGAAGCCUUGCUUCAUUGGAUCCAUCUGAGUGCUGGCUUCGCACUGAGAUAAAAACAGAAUUCCCCUUCAUUGGCUCUGAUCCAAUACAGCAUCCCCUGCAGGGUGUAGGCAAUACAAAGUUAGAAGGCUCUUUAAUGUCUUCACUGGCAGCAUCGUGACUUGUUUACCCCUGCUGUCAAUUCAGGAGGAACCAGAGGGCUGCCAGGACUCUGUCGCAUUGGAAAACAGUUAUUACUGACUUUUAUCUCUCGCUACUUCUGUGGUAGUAUAUCCAGCACUAACAAUUACACAGGCCAAUUCUAAGUAAACACAUCUUUUAUGUUGUGUCAGGAAAGGUCCCCCACAUAGAACUUUCAAUUACAGCACUUUGCAUGAAAUCGAGGAAGAUGACACCAUAAAAGAGUGCUCUGAUUCAAAAGAGUUCAGGAUAUUUGCAGGGGUAAGUAAUUUUUACCCCUAAAGCUGUCAUGUAACAAGACACUUGUAGUUUCUUUUACUAUAUCAAGAAGCCUGUCCAACUCACAUUUCACAAACACGUGAUGUGGUUUUGUUUUUCACACGUGAUGUGAUUAUCUUGAACAAGACAAAAAGUCCUGCUUUGACAUUUCCUGAAUGGUUUUAUUUCCCUUUAAGUCAACAAUUUGUAAGUAAAUGUUGCUCUCAUACGGUAGAGCAACAAUUCCCAAUUAAUUUUUAACGUACCACAAAGCUAAUAAACACAUUUUAGGAUCUCUUUUAAACUUGAUCUUUGCCAUUGUUCAGUAGUACUGUAUGGGAGAAGGGUGCAUGUGAACAGGAUAACCAAAACCACAGAAUAGCUAACCUGACCGCAACUCAGUUCCAACUUUUUUGUGUAAAUCACAUCAUUACAUGUUGAAAGCUGUAAUGUUUUUUAUUGAAGGGUACAAUUUUCAGUGGAGAUGGACAUGUUGUACAGAAACCAGUCAUUUUGUAAAUGACUAGCUAAUUUAUGAUGUUUUUUAAUUGCAAAGAACAGGUAUAUAGUUACUUGAAAUGUCAUCAAGGUCAAGACAUAUUUUGAUUUCAUUAACAAAUGUGUUUGUUAUGUGUCCAAUUGGAACAAGCAUCUGUGUUUUCCUUCGUAUGUUCAAGUUUAGGCUUAUUUACU